UCUGCUCGUUGUUGCAAUAAGAGCUCCAGAGUGUUUUUAGAGGGUGAAAGCGUUACGCUGUCUGUGUGUGGUAGAGAGAGAGAGAGAGAGAGAAAAAAAAAAGCGGAGGCUUUUGGGUGCGUAUAGAUACACCUGCGGUGACACAUUAUCACUCACGUUCAGAGUCGCUGAGCCUGAGAGCGGGACAGAGAGAUGGAGGAUCUCGAGGAGGAAGAGAAAAUAGAAGAGGAGGUGCUGGGGUCGAGCUUGACCAUGGAGAAGGUUGCGGCGGCCAAGAAGUUCAUAGAGAAUCACUACAAAAAUCAGAUGAAGAACAUCCAAGAGCGCAAGGAGAGACGUUGCAUUUUAGAAAGGAAGUUAGCUUCUUCGGAUGUGCCAACUGAGGAAAGGAUCAACCUCAUCAAAGAUUUAGAGAGAAAGGAGACAGAAUACAUGCGAUUGAAAAGACACAAGAUAUGUGUUAAUGAUUUUGAGCUUUUAACCAUAAUAGGAAGAGGGGCCUUUGGGGAGGUUAGAUUGUGUCGGGAGAAGAAAUCUGGAAACAUCUAUGCCAUGAAAAAGCUGAAGAAAACUGAAAUGCUCAAGAGAGGCCAGGUGGAACAUGUUAGAGCUGAGAGGAACUUGCUGGCUGAAGUUGCCAGCCAUUGCAUAGUGAAACUCUACUACUCAUUUCAGGACGCUGAGUACUUAUAUUUAAUUAUGGAAUAUCUGCCUGGGGGUGACGUGAUGACCCUGCUAAUGAGAGAAGACACUUUAAGUGAGAAUGUUGCUAGAUUUUACAUUGCUCAAAGUGUUCUGGCCAUAGAGUCUAUUCAUAAACACAAUUACAUCCACAGGGAUAUUAAACCAGAUAAUCUACUUUUGGAUAAAAAUGGCCAUAUGAAGCUCUCAGAUUUUGGCCUUUGCAAGCCUCUUGAAUUUACUACCCUGCCUACACUUCAUGAGAAUCAGACCAUGGAUGAUGAAAAUUUAUCAGAGCCAAUGGACAUUGAUGGGUGCUUCCCUGAUGCGGACAACCAGAGCAACUGGAGAAGUCCACGUGAACAACUCCAGCAUUGGCAGAUGAACCGGAGGAAGUUGGCAUUUUCUACUGUGGGAACACCAGACUACAUUGCUCCUGAGGUGCUGCUGAAAAAAGGAUAUGGGAUGGAAUGCGACUGGUGGUCGCUGGGGGCAAUAAUGUAUGAAAUGCUGGUUGGGUACCCUCCGUUUUACUCAGAUGACCCAAUAACGACAUGCAGAAAGAUUGUUCAUUGGAGAAAUCAUUUAAAAUUUCCGGAAGAUGCACAGUUGACACUUGAGGCCAAAGAUCUAAUAUGCAGGCUGCUAUGUGAUGUUGACCAUAGGUUAGGUACUCAUGGGGCUAAUGAAAUCAAGGCUCAUCCUUGGUUUAAGGGUGUGGAGUGGGAUAAACUGUACGAAAUGGAGGCAGCAUUUAAACCACAAGUCAAUGGGGAGCUGGACACCCAAAACUUCAUGAAAUUUGACGAAGUAGAUCCACCAGCAGCAGCGAUAACUGGUUCAGGUCCCUCACGAAAGAUGCUUCUGACACCCAAAGAUUUAAAUUUUGUUGGCUACACCUACAAGAACUUUGAUGCUGUGAAAGGGCUUCGCCAGUCUUUUGCUGAUUCCAUGCAAGAAUUCUCUUCUAAACGGGCAGCUGAGGAAACGAGUUUACAAAUGCUUGCUUCGUCCGGGGAUCCAAUGUUACCAUGACAUGAGCUCGUGUGAAAUACGAAAUGAAGCCGUCAUUUUAUAACUUUGGUGCACCCGCUUUGGGUCUUUAUCUUUGAUAAAAGCCCAUAACCGUCUCUUAGUAGCACCUGAGCUCCCAUGCAAUUGGCAGGAACUAUGUGUACAGCAAGUAGUUGAACAACGUUUUCAAAGCUUUUAGGGCAACACCGUGUGUAUUUGCAAAUUAGGAAGGAGAGCUGUGCAACUGAGAGCACCUGGCUGCCCAGGUUGGCCUGAGGAAGACUUGCCUUCUCUAGUGGCAGUUUUCAGUUGUGGACAACUUAUUGAGGAACUAAAACAGAAGCAUCUAGUAUUAAUUAUUUGAUGCGAUGUACACAUUUAUUGGACGAAAGCGGAAAUGAGCUAGCUAUAAAGAAAUGAAAUGAUGCUUGGGGAUAAAAUCAGGAAUGUUACUUUUGGCUGUUUAGUUUCUUUGUAUUGAAACCAAUUGACCCCCCCCCCCACCGAUGAUAAAUUAAGGACAUCAAGGAGCCAA